UCACGGGCUGGCAGGAGCUGUGUCUGCCGCUCGGUUGUUUCAGUGCAUCAGAAGCAGCGAGUAGGUUUAGUUUUAAUUCCUCGCCGUCUCUCUAAUCUCUGCAAUAGAAGCGAUGCAGUGACUAGCGCAUCAACUCUGUCCCAGCCAUGUGCUUGCGAGAGGGAUUUUCAGAUUUAGUACUAUGAAAGGUGGACCCAGAUGUGCAGACGAGAGCGGCGCAAGAUGAAGGCACCAAUGCGGCAUGGGGUAGCAGUGUUUUUAGUGAUUACCAUGUGUACCAGCUUGUUGAUUGUGUACAACAGCAGCUCCCACAGAGCCCCGCAUCAUCCACAGAGAAAGGAACCAGAACCCGGGAAUAUUACCGCUAAGCCACAAAAGAUCAUCGCAGCACCAGCUUUACAGGGAUACAUCAGCAUCAUAGAUCACAAGCCUCUGAAAAUGCAUUGUAGCAGCUGUGCACUGGUAACAAGCUCUGGACAUCUUAUUGGGAGCAACCGUGGUGCUGAGAUAGACCAGACUGAAUGUGUCAUCCGAAUGAACGACGCGCCGACAAGCAACUACAGGAAAGACGUGGGUCAGAAGACCAGCCUGCGAGUCAUUGCACAUUCCAGCAUACAGCGGAUUGUACGGAACCGCAACGAGCUUUUAAACAUGAGUCAGGACUCGGUGUUCAUUUUCUGGGGACCCAGUAACUACAUGAGGCGGGACGGGAAGGGGCUGGUCUACAACAACCUGCAAGUGAUAAAGCAGGUGCUGCCCAAGCUGAAGGUGUCCAUCAUAUCACGGCAGAAGAUGCAGCAGUUGGAUGAACUCUUCAAAAAAGAAACUGGCAAAGACAGGAGGAUUUCAAACUCUUGGCUCAGCACAGGCUGGUUCACCAUGACAAUAGCCCUGGAGAUGUGUGACAGAAUAAAUGUCUAUGGUAUGGUUUCACCUGACUUCUGCAGGCAGCCUCGCCGUCUUUCAGUACCUUAUCAUUACUACGAGCCUUCAGGACCUGACGAGUGCACAAUGUACCUCUCACACGAACGGGGGCGCAAGGGCAGCCAUCACCGUUUCAUCACAGAGAAGCGUGUUUUUGCCAACUGGGCACGGACUUUCAAUAUUCACUUUUACCAACCAAACUGGAGCCCGAAAUCUGACAACCAGACGGUAAUUCGGACAGUAAUUGUGCCGGCUUCAUGAAGGACACAUGGCUGCGUUAUUGCUUUGUAUCCCUCUAACAGAAAAGCCACUGGAUUAUGUGAAUGGGAGCUCUCACACAAUGCUCCAUCUGUGUUUUACUAAUCUCUCAAGCCCAUUCUCCAAUCAGAUGACAUUUGAAAAAAAAAAAUGCAUUUUUAUGGAAAUUCAUGGGACUGAAAUAUAUAGAUGAACUCAAUUCCACAUCCAUUUGGCCUUUGGAACCAGUUUGUUUUUGUAUAAUUUCAUAUAUUUCUUUUAGAUUCCAAUUGAAAUAUGACCAUUUUCACCCAAGAAGCAAAAUAGAUGUAAUUAGUUUGCAGGUGAUUAAUGGUGCUCAAUUUAUUACCGUUUUAGGCUGUCUGCACCUAUAUAGCUAUUUGAUGUAUUACGGCUAUGAGGUUACUUGUUUUGCUUAUUAUGUUACUGCCUUUGCAAAGUGGUAUAUCCCCAGGGCUAAAAUGAUUUUUUAAAAAUGGCAAGGGUCUAUCAUCCUCUUUUCUGCUGAGAUUGGGGUCUCAAUUCUGUGCCUGCAACUGAUGAAAAUAGUUUAUCACACAAAAAAAUAGCUAAAUUAUCUAUGCUAAUAAUUGUCCAAAUUUAAGUAAACACACACAAAAAAAAACUGAAACAUCAAUAACACCUUAAAGGGAACGUGAGAUUCAAAUUCUGCACAAAAGGCACAUAACAUAUGAAUAGAAACCAUGGAGCCCUUUUCUGAAAAUUGGUUUUAACAUUUUUCUUUAGGUUUGUUGCUAGAAAGACACUCUGAGCCUCACAGCAGCCCAGUUUAGCAUUCUGAUCAUUUACCAAUUUGCUGAUCGCAGAGGUGGCAAUGUUAUCAACAAGUUAUCUUUUUCAUGGUCACAAGGAUUCAAACUGAAUAAAAAUCUCUCCUCUGGGUUGUUGAAUGGUGUAGUUAGGAUACAUACAGUUUGUAUGGGGAGGAGUUAUGCCAUACUAAUAAGAGGUGACAGGGACCAGGCAUAGCCAGAGAGCAAAAUGCUUUUUAUCCAGCUGCCAAAGAUGCAUGUAAAAUGUUUACCUUUUUUUUUCAAUGCUCCAGUGGAUUAUUUUGCUUUUUUUUUUUUUUUUUUUUUUAAAUCUUGUGGACAGCAGAACUGUAUUAAAUUUGAGGUGAAAUGGUGCCCAAAAACUUUAAUUACCUCCAUUAAGCAACUUGAGCAUGGCAUACAAGCAAAUUCAUGGAUCUUUUGAAUGUACAACAUGGGAGCAAACAGUAAGUUCAACCAGCAAAGAGAAAUUGCAUACUGGUAAGUGGUGCAUAUGGCCAUAGCAUGUGCUGUCACUUCAUAAGUCAUCAUGAUGACCCAAUUCUAGAAAAAGGGCAUCCCCCAGAGAUUCAUUACAUGCAACAACACAGAAACAGAGAAUGGGAUGUUGAAUUAAUGCUGGAACAUUAAUUGUAGUAUAAGUUCUGCAAGAUUGCUGCCAGUUAGUUGUACAUUCAUUUGAUCAAUACAUCUGCUGUUGUGCCAUGCUAAAUUGGCCUACUGUCUAAAAUAUGCCUUUCCUGGUUACUUACUGUCCGUGUCAGCAUAGACUAACAUACACACAUGUACAAGGUGUUCACACAGCCAACACGGAACAAUUGUAACAUGCUAUUGCACCAGUGUUUCUAAUGAUUUAAUCUUAUUCAGUACAGUUUGGGCAGGAGAGUACACGCACACACACACACACAAACACGCUUUAGAAAUAUUCUAUUUGGAAAAAGGCCACCAGAGAAUUCACUGAUGCAACAAUAUUACAAACGAAUGUAAAAUGGCAUUUUCAUCUUGCAUUUCUGGCACGAAGGGUGCAAUAUUAUAGAUAUUCAUAAAGACACAUCAAUUUGGCACCUCAAGCAGUGUGAUUAAUGGGGCUGCAAACCACUGUCAAAACACACGCUGUGUAAUGCAAAGGAGAAAAUAAGUUUUCAAUUACUUACAUAUAGGAGUUCCCUGCAAUUCCAUAUGCUUUGAGCUUUCAGAACCAAACACAUAAUUAACGAGUCAACAAAAAUGAAAUGCCAUGUGAAUACUGCAGAUUAAUGAGACUCCAGUCAAAUGAUAAACGAUCUUUCAGGCUUUCGUGUCGGCUCUUUUAUUAAACAAAUCCUACCUAAUAAAUGAGAGCAACCCCAUUAGGGAACAUUCACAGCAGUUACAUUACACUCCUGUUGGUAGACGGAGCAGAUAUAUAAUCUGAACCAUGCCUUCAUAAUAAAACACAUGCCGAUAGCAGCUGUAAAAAAGAGAAUUACAAUUUCACAAAAACCAUAAAAAAACAAAGACUAUUCAAGGCAUUUUUGUCAUGGUAUAGCUACGAUCUGUACUCCAAACAAAUCACUUGUUUGAAUAGGUUCCGUCCAAAUGUAUUCGGACUGGAGAUCUAAAACAUGUAGCACUUAGAAAAAUAAAUGUGAAUACAUUUCAAUUCUAAAAAGUAAUAAACAAAAUGCAAUACUGUGUUGGACUUUAGGAAGUGAGAUAUGCACUUGUGUAAUUACUAGUGUGUUCAUAAAAUGUUAAGAAUUUUUUUAUUCCUGCCAGCUUUCAUCUCGGGUCAAAGUAGAUAAUGUUUUAUCUAAUUACAUGUGUUGACUGCUAAAAAUGGUCCUAUAUUUAAAUAAGGACUAUUUUAUAUUUGUUUUAUAUGAACACACUAGUAAAUGCACAAGUACAUAUCUUGCUUCCUAAAGUUCAACACAGUAUUGCAUUGCUGUGGUUAACAGUGCCUGCAUUUUGGAAUAAUUGUAAAGGACAAGACUAGAGAGAACUUUUCCUGUGUGAUUCUAAAAAUAAACCCUAUGGCAAAAUGAUAUUGAA